AUGGAGUGGCAGGAUGUCCUGCCAGCCCUCUUGCAGAUCGACAGCGUCAAGGAGCUGCAGAACGCACGCGAGGCACCUGACCUCUUACUGUGGAAGCUGGCCAAAGCACAGGACUGGCCUCCCUCGGGCAUCUAUCGCUUCGCGGCCCUGAGACCCAAACUGGCCUUGAGUGUGCCUCGCUUUGUGCAGCUUCUGGAGAUCUACCCGAUGGAUCCGCCUGGAAGGUGGUGGUUCAUAGCCCGAGUGCGACGACUGAUCGAGCAGGCGUUGGACGACCAAGGUAACCCAUGGGACGAGGCGCUGGAGUCGAUGAAAGAGAUGGACCCUGCGUUCGACCUGCAGCCAGCCAUCCACCAUCCCGAGAAGAUGGUGGAGCGCUUGGCGCCUGGGCCGAAGCACCUGGAGUUCCAGCCUCUAGAGGAGGAGACUGCCGACGAUGAGAAAGUUGUGAAGGGCGGCAAGCCGUUGAUGUUUGGCUUUCGUGAGCGGGGCCUUGGCGAAGGGCCCGAGGCGACAGACGCCGAGGCUUGA